AUGGAAGAGAUCACCAAAGACCAACACUCCAUGGACGCGUUGCGGUCACUGCUUCAAUUCCGAUCCAGAGGAUAUUCAGAAGAAUCAUCAGCGGCGUCUCAGGCAGGCAAACGAGUAGAAGAAGCGCAGGUUGAUUCACCAGAAGGACAGAAGCGUAGUCUUGUCCACAAGGACGACGAAUCACCCAGCAGUAGCAAUAAGCAUAGAAGACUUGCUGCGGUGAAUGAACAUGUUGCGACUGCAUCAAACGCUGCUUCAGCUUCUGCUUCUGCUGCUGCUGCUGGAAAUGAGAACAAACCAGGAAGCAUGAACAUUCUCGGCAAUUUUCAAAGCGUGAAUCAGGAUUGCCAACAACAACUGCAACAGCAAAUUCAAAAGCGGCGAGAAGCGAUUCUAUCUCGGGUGGCUUCCUCGUCCAAUCUGACAGCAGCUGCAGCGGUCUCGCCUCACCACCACAACCACCACCACCACCAUGCGCAACAGAAUAAUAACAAUGGAGGUCUCUAUUUUCCUUCCACAGUAUCCUCUUCCAUGGCCGCCAUGCAAGAGUCCAUGAAUAUGCAUCAUCAGCAUCAUCAGAACAAUGCCUAUGCACAAAUCAAUCUGGCAGCAGCUCAAGCAGCCAUGAUUGCUGCGGCGAAUGCGGUAGCGGCUGUCUCUCGAGGAGAAGUUCAUCACCAACAUCACCAACAGCAACAACGGUAUCACCAUGAUGACUCGCACCAGCAUAUGCUUUCACCAGCAACUCUGCAACAGGUUCAACAACAACAACAACAACAACAGCAACAACCAGUGACUCCUCCUUCGUCCAAUUGCACCGCAGCCUACUCGUCCAAUGCUGCUGCUGUUGUUACCGCAGGAAGAACCAGUGGUAACACUAUUCCUGCUACCAAGUCUAGCACAUCCAUUGCUUCCUUGGAGUCUUCUUCCUCCUUGCACAACAAUGACACGGUAUCUUCCACCAAUAGUACUUCUACUAGUACUACUGCUACCACCACUACCACCACCACCACUGCCAAACAACUCAAUAUCCGAAGAGAAAAGGUAGAAGCUGCCCUCCGAAGUAAACCACAACGAGGAAAGAAGAGAGAUGACUUGAGUGCCAAGGAACGUCUCGAAUUGACACGAACUCGCAAUCGGGAACAUGCCAAGACUACUAGAAUUCGCAAAAAGGCUCGGUAUCAAGAACUCUUGGAUUGUGAAACCAAAUUGCAGAUUCUUUUGCAACAACAAGAAAUCGAAGAACUUCAACAAAAGGCUGUCGAGACUUUUAUUUCUCUCCGACAAAACAUGAUACGUUGCUCUUGUUCUUGUGAACAAGACACUCAAGACGAAGACGACGAAGAAGAAGAAGCCCUGGGAUAUGACUACUCCAAGUCCUCCUCCUCCUCUUUUCAAGAAGCACCGCCAAAAGUCUUGACCAUGUCUGUGGAUCAUGCGUCCAUCUUGGCCAAGCUCGUGCAAAAUGAAAAUCAAUUUGAUCUUCAAGUCUCCAAGAUUGGUGCUAGUAGUACCGGUGCAUCCUCAUCACCGUCGUCAUCAUCAUCAUCCUUAAUGUUGGCCAUGAAUCAAUUCAUGGCCAUGGAUCAUGACAUUGUGGACCGCGCUGUAGAACGAUAUGGGGUGGGUGCCCAAAAGUACUUUUUGUAUCAAUUGAAAAGUGGGAUUUCCUUGACCAAGAAACCAACCUCACCAGGCGCAGGCGGCAUUACCGCCAUGGCAGAGAUUGAACUCUACAUGGAACUCACUCCCUGCAAUCGAACUCAUUUGCAAACCUGUUUGCUCAAGGUUCAAUUUGACGAGUCUCAACAAGUCCUACUCCAGUCGGUCGCAUGGACCGUGUUGAAGGACAGUCUUGCUGAUGAUGAGACGACCGUUCUUCUUGCGAGUACCAAGAGGGAAGCAUCUUCCCUGUCCUCGUCUGCUCAAAACAAGACAGGAACGGCAUCCAUCAGUCGGACGGUCUCGUCGUCCAAACAAGCCCAUUAUGAAAAUGACAAUGAUGAUGAUGAUGCCAAUGAUAAUGAUGCCAAUGAUACUAAUUCCAACAAGAACAACAACAACAACAAUGGAUUGAGAAGAAGCAACUUGCUUCAGUCCCAGCCUGUCUUUCCAUCCAUGGUGUCCUUGGAACAAAGCAAGGCUAUGGGUCAACAAGGAGGCUCGUCGUCGAGUUUGGGAAUGCCGCUGUGA